UGAGCACUACGUCACUCUUCGUCACCAAUAUAAACUCAGUAUGUGGGACGGAACACGAUGUGCCUUGUUUUAGAACAAAGUUUUGAAGAUGGUGCAGCUAUCGAAAGCUGGGACGAAAGACAAUCCUACACUUAAAGCUGGACAUCCCCCAGCAGUGAAGGCCGGGGGCAUGCGGGUGGCCAAGAAGAGCAGCGAGGACAACGUUGCUGUGGAGAAGGAAGCCAAAAGGCCCGAUAAGCCCAGGUCUCUUCCAACCUCUCCCAGAAUGCAGUCUGUCAGUGUCCUGUUGGCAGGGACUCUUGAAAAGCUGGGACAUGACUUUCCAGAAACGCCGGUGAGCGGCAGGCACAGCAGACUCCAGCCUGCCGUGGAGAAACUGCACUCUCCCCGGAACUUCUUCAUUCAGCAGCCCCGCAAGUUUUGAGCCAAGAUGGCUGCUGUCCCCUCGCGUGGCAGGAGGAGCCUGGGGGAAUAUCUUAAGUAAACAGUCUUAAGAGAAACAGGAAGUGUUUACAGCAGAUGGGACGCAAAGGGGCCAGAGUGGAAGGAAGGAAGCCUACGGCAUUGUGUAGUUAAUGUUUGUUUCUUCUUCUGUGAAAAUGUAACUGCAAUAGCACUUCAGCUUCAGUUUAACUGAGUAUUUGUAGAAAUUGCUGACCUUGUUUUAUUCAGAAGGUCAUUUGCUUAAACUCAUUCCUUGCUCUUUGUUUACUGCAAAUGGGAUGCAUUAUCUGUAUGAGGGGCAUUGCAUAUGCACACGCAAGUCUUUGUUUGUUAUCUGACUUCGACUUCUGUCCACAAGUUGCUGGGAUACUGUCACCGUGGGUGAGUGAAACUCAGCGUCUGUGAUUCGUCUCGAACUCGCAGUGCAUGAGGUGAUUGGGACCUGUAAUGCUUUUCCUUCAAUGAGUGGGCAUCGUUUCAAUCUAAUAUUAAAUAUAAGCUUUGUAGACAUACCUUAACACUCCCUACUUCAAUAAAAUUGCUUGGCAAUGUUCAGAAAA